ACAAAUGAGUAAUCAGAUAUGGCGCUUGCUGUCGUAAGUGAAGUUAUUUUAAAAUAAAUCUCAGCGGCUGUCAGUAAUUUGAACAAUUCAACCAUUUUCAAGCGCCCUACAAGAGAUUUAUUUGAAACAGUAAGGACGAGCGAAUCAAAUAAGAAUUCGAAAAAAUGAGCGUGGAUGCGUAUGGCCCCAGUUCGCAGACCCUCACGUUUUUGGACACGGAGGAUGCGGAUUUGAUAGGAGCUGACACCCAGGGCUCGGAAUGCGACUUCACCGAUUUCACCAUCCCCUCGCAGACGCAGGCUUCCCAACACGACCACACCGGCCCCAAAGUUUCCGGGGUACAGGUGAACAACAAUAUUGUUAAUAAAAUCGCAGCCACUACCAGUGCCUUAGGAGAGUUGCAGUUCGAGGAGGACGAUGAGGAAGGUUACUUCAACGGGAAGGAAUUGCCCGAUUACGCUUGUAAGUACUGUGGCAUCCACGAGCCGAACUGCGUGGUUAUGUGCAACUUGUGCAAGAAGUGGUUCUGUAACGGCAGGGGGAACACUUCCGGCAGCCAUAUUAUCAAUCAUUUGGUCAGAGCAAAGCACAAGGAGGUGACUUUACACAAGGACGGGCCGCUGGGAGAGACCAUCUUGGAGUGUUACAGUUGUGGAGUGCGUAAUGUGUUCGUUUUGGGUUUCAUCCCGGCAAAAGCCGACUCCGUCGUUGUGUUGUUGUGCCGGCAGCCCUGCGCCGCGCAAAAUUCCUUGAAGGAUAUGAAUUGGGAUCAAGACCAGUGGAAGCCCCUCAUAGCAGACCGUUGCUUCCUUACCUGGCUCGUUAAAAUACCGUCUGAACAGGAGCAACUAAGAGCCAGGCAAAUAUCCGCCCAACAGAUUAACAAACUGGAGGAGCUGUGGAAGGAAAACGUCGACGCGACGUUCCAAGACCUCGAAAAGCCAGGCGUGGACGAAGAACCACAACAAGUUCUUCUGCGUUACGAAGACGGAUACCAGUACCAGAAUAUUUUCGGUCCGCUGGUGAAGCUGGAAGCGGAUUACGACAAACGCUUGAAGGAGUCUCAGACCCAGGAGAACAUCGAGGUGCGUUGGGAUGUGGGUCUAAACAAAAAGACGAUUGCAUAUUUUACGCUCGCGAAGACCGACGGCGACAUGAAACUGAUGCACGGCGACGAGCUGAGACUUAGGUACGUCGGCGAGAUGCACAAGACGUGGGCGGGGGUGGGGCACGUCAUCAAAGUUCCGGACAAUUAUGGCGAAGACAUCGGGAUAGAGUUGAAGAACGGGUCCGGCGCCCCCAUUGAUUGCAACAGCAAUUUCGUCGUUGAUUUCAUUUGGAAAAGCACGAGCUUUGACAGAAUGCAAUUAGCUUUACGCAAAUUCGCCGUCGACGACACCUCCGUCUCCGCCUACAUCUACCACCGCCUGCUGGGGCACGAAGUCGAGGAGGUCCUCUUCCGUUGCCACCUGCCCAAGCACUUUUCCGCACCCAACCUGCCCGACCUGAACCGAUCCCAAGUGUACGCCGUGAAACACGCCCUACAACGGCCCCUCUCCCUAAUCCAAGGACCUCCCGGCACUGGAAAGACCGUGACGUCGGCCACCAUCGUCUACCAGCUAGUCAAGCAGAACGGCGGCCCCGUCUUGGUGUGCGCCCCAAGCAACACCGCCGUGGACCAACUGACGGAGAAGAUCCACAAGACCAACUUGAAAGUGGUCCGUUUGUGCGCCAAAUCCCGGGAGGCCAUAGACUCGCCCGUUAGCUUCUUGGCGUUGCAUAAUCAGAUCCGGAAAAUGGAGGGGAACACGGAGCUGCAGAAGUUGCAGCAGCUUAAGGACGAGACGGGCGAGUUGAGUUCGGUUGAUGAGAAGAGGUACAGGAUGUUGAAGAAGCUGGCCGAGAAGGAGCUGUUGGAGGCCGCCGAUGUUAUUUGCUGUACUUGUGUUGGUGCUGGCGAUCCGCGGUUGGUCAGGCUGAAGUUUCACUCGAUACUUAUCGAUGAAAGUAUGCAGGCAACCGAACCCGAGUGCAUGGUCCCGGUCGUCCUGGGCGUCAAACAACUCAUCCUCGUCGGCGACCACUGCCAACUGGGGCCUGUGGUGAUGUGCAAGAAAGCCGCGAGGGCCGGCCUCUCCCAGAGUUUAUUUGAACGUCUCGUAGUCCUCGGCAUCAGGCCGUUCCGACUGGAGGUCCAGUACAGGAUGCACCCGGAACUGUCGAGGUUCCCGUCAAACUUCUUCUACGAGGGUAGCCUCCAGAACGGCGUUAGCGCGGAGGAACGGAAACUGGCCAAGAUCGACUUCCCGUGGCCGAUAGCCGACAGACCCAUGUUCUUCCUCGUGACUCAAGGCCAGGAGGAGAUUGCCGGUUCCGGCACGAGCUACUUGAACAGGACGGAGGCUUCCAACGUGGAAAAAAUUGCCACGAGAUUUCUACGAUCAGGAGUAAAACCGGAACAAAUAGGCGUGAUCACCCCCUACGAAGGCCAAAGGGCCUACUUGGUGCAGUACAUGCAGUACCAAGGAUCGUUACACAGCAAGCUGUACCAGGAGAUAGAAAUAGCCAGCGUCGACGCGUUCCAGGGUCGCGAAAAAGACAUAAUAAUAAUGUCCUGCGUGCGUUCCAACGAGCACCAGGGCAUCGGCUUUCUAAACGACCCCCGCCGACUGAACGUCGCCCUAACCCGAGCCAAGUACGGAAUAAUCAUCGUGGGCAAUCCGAAAGUCCUCUCGAAGCAACCCCUCUGGAACCACCUACUGUCCUUUUACAAGGAGCAAAAGGUCCUGUGCGAAGGCCCCCUGACCAACCUCAAAGAAUCACUGAUACAAUUCGCCAAGCCCAAAAAGCUGAUCAACUCGGAGAAUCCGGGCUCCCACUUUAUGACCACCUCCAUGUUCGACGCCCGCGAGGCCAUGGUUCCGGGCUCGGUGUACGACAGGACCAACACCGCGAUCAACGGCCAGUUCAACUACCCGAACCGCGGCAUGCCCCUGGACAUGUUCAGCCGCACCCACGACCCCAUCAGCUACAUCUCGCCGGAGCGGGCCCAGGCGGGCAUGAACCUGCCCGUGCCCGUCGGCAUGUUCAUGAACAUGGCUCACAUCCCGCCCCGUUUCUACAACCAGCACCAGCAGGCGCUGCAGGCGCGACAGCAGCAGAACCCGAGGAACCGCAAGCCUCCCUCACGUCAGAAGGGCAAGGGCCUGAGCCAGGACCAGACGCAGCCCUUCAGCCAGAGCCUUCAGCUGACCCAGGGCAUGUCCCAGCCCGGCCUGUCGCAGCCCGGGUUCAGCCUGAGCCAGCCGGGGCUGUCGCAGGCGGAGCUCAGCCAGGACCCGUACAUGGCCGAUUACCAGUCCCAGAUGGAAGGAUUACUGUCCCAGGAUUCCACUUACCAGGGAGAUAGGUCUGCAUUCUACCAGCCUAGCGCGCAGUUCUCCCAACCCUAUUGAUGUGUUGUGAAGGAGAAGAUAUAUCGAAUCGCGGGAGCGGUCUUCUGAAAAUUUGCAAGUGAAUGAUCUGAUUGUCAAAUUGUCAGUAACGCAGCAUAUACAGGUCACAUGAUGUCGACUACGGAAUCACAAAAAAAAACACAUGAUAAUAAAUGAGAGGUUAUCAAGUAUCGUGACACGAGAAAAAUGAUACUUAUUACCGGAGAACGGUUAAUCGGUAAUCCUGUAGAUGACGUUUCACACCGCCUGUGACUAACCGAUUCAUUACUUUUUUUGUAAUUAGUUUAUUUUAAAUUUAAUCUGUUCACCGUUGGUAAUAUUACUUCGAUCUGGGUCGGGACGAUUCUUUUUUCUUUUUUUUUUUUCACUGCUGUAACCAGACGCUUCGACUCGCCUUGAAAGUAAUAUUAUUAACGUCCCCCAUAUGAGUUAUUUUAUAAAUCAUGACCAUUUCACGUGGUAAAAUUAAAAUAGUUUUAGUUUUCUUUAUUUUUUCUAAUUAUUGGCAUUGUAUUAAAAGGGUUAUGUAUACCUAUUCGUCUUCGGGUACUUUAGUUAAAAUAAUGUUAAAUUUUUCGCUUGUUAAACCUUGCUUUUAUUUCUAUCAGUAUUUUUUGUGUAUUUUAUACACAAAAUCAAUAGUUUCUGGAGCAUAAUAAAAUUUUUAGUGUU